UCCUUAUUUACAUCGGGAUCGAGAAACAAUUAUCAACAACUUCCGAUUCAACCACCGGUGCUUUGGUACACGCAAGCAAAUUCAUAAACAUGGCCGUGUCGAGUGGAACAUCGUGUGUCCUGUCAUUUACCAUGGCUCUGACCUCGUUUGCUGCCAUGCAGAUGUUCAAGCAGCAGCUGGCAGGGUCUGAGUACAUGACCAUCGUGGGAGGACUCCUAGGAAGCACCAUCUUUUUCUUUGUCCUGGUUGGUGUCGGCAAUCUCGAGAACUCAAUGUUCGGCAGUAAUUUCCAGACCAAACUUUUUCCAGAAGUGCUCUUCUGUCUGGCUGUGUCGAUGUUUGCCUCUGGCCUGGUCCAUCGAGUAUGCGUAACAACAUGCUUUUUGUUUUCUCUGGUGGCAUUGUAUUACGUUAACAAGAUUUCUCAGAAUAAAUAUUCUGCCCCAGUGGCGGCUGUUCCAACCAAAGCAACACAAGGCAAAAAGAAGAAAUAAAGUUGUAACUGUUCAUUUACACCAUGUUAUAUCAUAGACAUUCAUAUAUAGAAAUAAAUUUUAUAUAGGGUUAAGACAA